GUCCGUUCCCGCCCUCCAGCCCCAAUAAUGGAUUAUAAUUAUUUGACCCAAAAAUACUUGCAUUGCCAGAUCUUCAUAAAUUGUCUUAGGCUGGGAUCUCCUUUUCCAUGAAUUAAUAUGCUUAAGGUUUGAGCUGGUGUCUUAAAUGGUUAUUCUACAUCAUGCAGUUUUUAAUAUAAAUUAACAUCCAAUAUCGAAUAUUAGAGUUUUUAGGAGAUAAUAGAGUUUUAAGGGACUACAUUCUUUUGACUUCUUGCAUAAAGUCCAAAUAAUUCUGCUGGUUGACAUGGUGGUGUUCGGUCACAGGUUGGACUCAGUGGCCCCAGAGGUCUUUUCCAACCUAAUUGAUUCUGUGAUUCUGUCAUUUUAUGCAUUACGUUUUCCCAUACCUGAUAACAUCUUGCAAAACUGGAGAAAAAAUUUGGGAGAGCAGUAUUUCUAAGUGAUAAUUUUAACCAUUGGAAUUUUGUUUUGCUCAUACAGCAUGAGUUGAAAGGCCUCUUAGUGUCAUCUCUUUUCCCCCAAUGCAUAUUUACAGUUUUGAUGUAAAUAUCUUGUGUCAGUAAUUUAAAGUGUUAACUGUGCAUUUUUUAAAGUAUUAUUGGUAACUUCCUUAAAUUACAUUAAACAUAUCAGCAAAAUUGCAUUUUGAGGGCAUAGGCAGAGAUUAUGUAUAAUGCUUUAUCUCAUAUAAAAAUUACACGAGAAAUCACAACUCUAGGCAGUGUUACUCUGUCAGCUUUUGUGUUUUAUGUAGAACCAACAUAAAGCUUCCCCUCAGCAUGUUAACUGGACUGACCACCCAGUUUAAGCAUUCUUGUGUGAAUUAUUUCCCAACUUUAUGGUUUAACAGGAAUGUAUAUUCCACCAAUAUGCUUUCUGAGAUUUAUAGGAUAGAAAAACAUAUGAUACUUUAUUGUGAUAUUUUGUAAACAGCUUGGAAAUCAUAAUUUUUCGGACAAAAAAAAGUUUCUAGUUCUACGUUAAAUUUAUCAUUUCAGAAAAAAAGUGUUUCUAGGUUUACAUUAAAUUUAUCAUUUUAGAGAUUAUUUUGGUUGAACAGAGUUUUGCCUUUUCUAGUCUGAUUUCACUCUUGAUUUGCAGAAUAUUUAUAGUUAAUGUCGUUGUGCCUGGGAAUGGGACUUGAUUUUUACACAUAUUUUUGUCUAAAAAGAUGGUAGAAAUAGGCUGUUUAAAAACAUUUGGACAUGGCUCUUCACUGAGGUCAACCUGAAGCCAGUUUUGCAUCCUGUUUUUCAUUCUGUAUGAAAGAAACCCAUUCACAUACAAUAGUUCUUGUCCAGUUGGCAUUAUUACCUUUAUUUCAUGAUACAUAAUUCUCAAAUCAUACUCACUGUGGAUUUUUAAAGUCUGUAGUGUUACUUGUCUUGUGUACUUUAUGCACAUGGUAAUACUAUCCAUAGCAAAACAGUGUAAGUCUAACACCAAAUUGACACAGAUUUCUGUUGCUGUUUCAAUCUCUAGGUCUCUGUUUAUCUAUUCCAAGGCCACUUGGUAACGGGGUGAAAUUAAAAAAUAGAUCCCCGAUUGUGACUCAUAAAUGUUUCAUUAGGUGGGAAUCUUUCAGGCACAAGAAGGGAUCUGCUAAAAUAGAUUGCUUUAUAUUUUUGAAAGGCAGUUACUUAAAAGACUGGAAGUGUUCUUUUCUGAGUUUACCACUUUGGGGUUUAUUAUCUUUUCAUUAUUAUUGUGUUCUGUCUUUAUGUGUGCUCUUCUCUUGUUUUAUGGUCUUUUUUUCCUGCUUUCUUUAACAGCAAUUCAGAGCCCUAGCUGGAAGUUGCUUUUAGCUCAAUUAUAUUUGUUCAUGAAUUAAUUAAAUAUAUGUUUAUCCUUUCUGGGUUUUUUUACUAUUGUUCAGAUUUCAUGUGUGUUUUGUAAAACGUUUGAAGAGCUUUGUGUAGUAUCAGUCUUACUGCUGCCUUGUUUGUGUUAUUUAGGAUGGAACAAAUGGUGUUUGGUAUUUCCUGCUUUGGAUUGGACAGACUGGAUUCAGAAAGCACAGAGGCUCAACUCUGAGGCAGAGACCACAUCUGCUACUGGAAUAAGGCACCUGCAGUGGAAAAAAAUAUGUCCUCCUAGUCCCAGGAUAAGUUUGAUUUUGAAUACUGGUGUGCUUUUUAAAGUGACAAUACAAAGGACAAUGCACAGUGUGUAUCCUGAUGACAUUUGGUGUGCUGUGACAUGGCUUUUGUCAUGGCAUCUGAGACUGAAAAGGCCCACGCUCUUCUCCAGACUUUCAGCACAGCUUCAGUUAUUUCCAGUCUAGGUUUGGGGAUAUUCUGCUUCAUAGCAGACAGACUUCUGCAGUUUUCCUUCAUUCAGCAAAAUGAGUGGCUCCAAGCCUUCUCCGAUAAUGCAGUGCAUGGUAUACUGGGAAUGUGGUCCUGGGCCAUAGUGAUUGGACUCAGGAAGAAAAGUGACUUCACUGAGGUCACUCUGGCUGGCUUCCUCGCCUCUGUCAUUGAUGUGGACCACUUCUUUCUUGCUGGAUCCCUCUCUUUAAGGGCUGCUCUGACUCUUCCACGGAGACCACUUCUUCAUUGUUCUACCAUGAUUCCCGUUGUGGCUCUGACAUUAAAGUUUAUUAUGCACCUUUUCAGGCUUAAGGACUCAUGGUGCUUUCUUCCCUGGAUGUUGUUCAUAUCCUGGACUUCUCAUCAUGUCCGUGACGGGAUUCGUCAUGGCCUCUGGAUCUGCCCAUUUGGAAAAACUCCUCCUUUGCCGUAUUGGCUGUAUGUGGCAAUUACAGCAUCUUUACCUCAUCUGUGUUCAUUCAUCAUGUAUUUAACAGGCACUAGAGAAUUAAUGUCUAUAAAACAUGGAAUCCACAUUGAUGUGUAAGAAUGAUGGCUUUUAAAGGCUGUUUGUAUUAUCUCUUGAAAUAACCUGGCUGUCUAUUAUUGAAGGGGUUUCUUUCUGUUUCCUACACCUUCCCAAGUUAGGCAUUUUAAGGUUGUGAAGCCAGUUACCCUUGUUGUCAUACAACCUAUUUAAUGAAUGGUGAUAAUUUUAUAUCUGUACAUUUCCCUUGUUAAGCAUGUGAUCUCCCAUGAUAGCUCAUGCAUAGCUAGCUGAUUUAUAAAGUUCUUAGUCUCUCUCUGUAGUAAUUGCGUUACUGUCAUGCAUUUUAUUGUCAUGGUGCCAUUCUUCUGAUCACCAUUCACUUUGGAUUUGUAUUUUGCCUUUAGAGAAUAUAUUUCAAUCUAGAUAGUAUUUGUAUAGCGCUUUAAAAAUGUAAAGUACUAUAUAAAUGCUAAGUGUUACUGGGGAUUUAAUAGUGUAUGGUAGUUGUAAAAAAAAUGUUAGCCUUUUGAAUUUAAUUAUUUGUUAAGAGUCCCGCUGGACUCUUAUAUUGGACUGUUUUAAAAGAAACACUGUCUGUAUUUCACACUGUGCAGCUGUCUAUGCACCUCUUUGAACCCUGCUAUCAUGUAGAGUUUUAGUAAAUUCUGUUCCUCUAUAGUUGCUUGGUAGUAAAUUUGCAGAUAAUUACUAGCUUCGUGGUUAGAAAAGAGAAGGCAGUUUGGUUAUAGUAUUAUGAUGUGCUGACCAAAUUGUUUUUAAUUUUUAAAAAUACACUAAUUAUGAAUACUAUUGAAUUUGAAACUAAGGAAUUUUAGUAAGUAUUUAAGGGUUGUGUGAAGGCAAACAUUUAUUAUAGUAAAACAUAAGCUUUAGGGAAGAUAGAAGAAAAUAAAAAUUGCUCAAAAUGUGUUUGCUUAAAGACAUUACUGUCUUACUGUACCUGUAAAUGGAAUUUUGCAUUAAGUGCAAUAUCAUCCUCAUAAUCGUUAAAUAAAAUGCAUUAUUAUUAUUUUUAUUUUUAUUAUUA